ACAAAGUUACAAAGCCCUAGCUUUCUUUGUGCAGAGUUGGCAGACGACUCUCUUCGCGAAAGCCCUAGCUCCUUGCCUCCGACAACUGGACAUCGCAAAAGCCUUGGAUAGCUCCUUGCCUCCUCCUUACAGCUUUUCUGAAGUCUAAACAAGGAACAAUGAUUAGGCUGUUUAAAGUAAAGGAGAAGCAAAGAGAAGCUGAAAAUGCCCAUGGGAGGGUUCCCAUCAAGAAGCAAAGUGCUGGGGAAUUGCGUCUUCAUAAAGACAUCAGCGAGCUUAACCUACCAAAAUCAUGUACCAUAAAAUUCCCAAAUGGCAAGGAUGAUUUAAUGAACUUUGAGAUCUCUAUUCGACCUGAUGAGGGAUACUAUGUAAACGGCGUAUUUUCGUUUUCCUUCCAAGUUUCCUCUAUCUACCCACAUGAGGCACCAAAGGUCAAGUGCAAGACCAAGGUCUAUCAUCCUAAUAUUGACUUGGAUGGGAACGUCUGCCUCAACAUCCUACGAGAGGAUUGGAAACCUGUCCUUAGCAUAAACACUAUUGUUUAUGGACUGUAUCAUCUUUUCACGGAACCAAAUUACGAGGAUCCCCUCAAUCAUGAAGCAGCUGAAGUGCUUAGGGAUAACCCAAAGAUGUUUAGAUCCAAUGUAAGAACAGCUAUGUCCGGUGGAUAUGUGGGGCAGACACUGUUUGCGCGAACCAUGUAGCUUUUCUCAGCAGCAUCAAGUGUAAAUCAACGUACAUCAUCAAUGCUAGAAGGCCCUGGUUUGUAAAUCUUAAUCGCAAAAUAGCAUCGACUUUCUGAAGUGGAAUUGAGGCAUUAAUUCUGAGAAUGCCAUGGAACCAAGACCCCUAAAAUUAUUAGCUAUAACUUUUAUGACUUUAGUGGCAAUGUUUGCUUUUCACUUCUGGUAAUGCAUAACAAUAUUUUCCAGAUUUCUAUGCAUUUUUUUGUUACCCAACCUUCCCGCCCUUUCUUAAUAUUGGAGAUUGGGGGUGUGUGUUUGGAGAUCUAGAAAAGAAACUUUUCAUUAGGUUAUGCAAGGUAUUUUGAACA